AUGCAGGAAUGCGCUACAUCCGAGGCACAGAAACGAAAGCGGUUGGCCUACCUUGGUCCUGUGCCGGCCAUUAGGUCCACACUAGCCUUAACAAUGGCGACAGCUGUCAUGGCGUAA